AUGUAUCCUAAUCAGCGCGACAGAUUUGCCAAUUUAUUACCGGGUGUUACCGAGGAUCAAUUCAGAAAUAGUCAAUUUCUAAAAAUUUCUAAUCAAGUGGAAAAAUAUCCUUCAUGUAGUGCCGUGGUUGAAUCCUUACUUACAAUAGAAGAUAUUAAUGAUCGUUCGCAUCCAGUCUUAGUGUCACUAGAAAAACAUUCAGAUUCACAUGAUGCCAUUAAAAUAUAUUCCUCUUAUAUGGACGUUGGUCCCCUUAAAUUCUAUAAGUACGUUAAUGAACAACUGUUGGCAGAUGACAAGGACACAUUAACAAAGUUAAUGCCAUUUAUUCGCCGAGCUACCUACCAGAUUAAUCAUAAUAGUGCGAAUGAGGGCACUAUACUAUAUCGUGGCAUGAAUUUAAACGAACAACAGCAGGAUUUUUUUAGAAUUGGAAAAUUCUUUCGAUUUCCAGGUUUUACUGCAACAACAGCAAAGAAACAUAUAGCUAGAAGUUUUGGUAAAACUCUAUUUGAGAUACAUGUGAGUGCGCCAUGCCAUCAAGUAAUAAAUAUGGCUAAUAUUUCAUAUUUUCAAGAGGAAGAAGAAUGGCUCUUUUCUCCUUAUUCACGUUUUCGAGUGAAAGACAAAACAAAAGAACUCAUUAUUUUGCAAUCAACUGAUGAUUCUUCCGAUGCAGAUGAGCAGAGUUGUACAAGUGAUGCUGAUAAAGAUGAGUCAACUGACAGUGAAGAUCAUAAUUCAGAUGACGAUGAGGAAGAUCAUUCACACAACAAUGAAGAGCAUAAAUCAAGCAGUGAUGAAAACAGUACUUCAUGCGAAACUGACGAAACAUCCGAAUCUGAUAAUGUAGUAAGUAAUGACUCACGUUGUGACGAAGAAGAUUUAUCUGACAACACUGACAACAGAUCUUCGGAUAAUAGUAGUGAUCUUAAUUCAAACAAUGAUGAACAAAAUUCAUCGUAUGACAGCGAUGAAAAAUCUUCCAAUGAUGAUAGUGACAGCCAUCAUUCAAGUUAUGACGAUGAAUAA